GUGGGGAGGAGGGGCUGGUGCAGGCAGGGUAGGUUCAGCUGAGCAGGAAAGGAUUGUGCCUGCAAUACAGACUGGGGAAGCACUGAAGGAGCGAACGGGCUUCCGUGUACGUCACAGUGACAUCAGAGGCAGGAACGCCUGGCUAUUGGCUGAGUGCUAAAGGUCGUCUGCUUAGCUGGUAGCAGGCAGGUAGAGUGGCAAUAAGCAGGAGCGAGUCGUGCCGAGAGCAGCAGCCAGCAUGCCCUAUGUACUCAUCAGCACCCAGAUCCGUAUGGAGACUGGCCCUACGAUUGUGGGAGAUGAAUUUUCUGAUACACAACUGAUGGCACAGCUAGAGGCAGAUAAAAGGACAGUGCUGGGAAAUAAUUUUUCAGAGUACUGCGUGAAUGAGCCUCCACGCGUGACGCUUAACAAGCUGGAAAAACUGGGUUAUCGGGUUGUAAGUAUGACAGGUGUUGGGCAGACUUUAGUGUGGUGCCUGCACAAGGAAUAAGGAUUCUCACAGACUGACCAGGAACCGCUUCCACAUUCCCAAGAGGAUUUUGUAGCAACAUCAGCUUGUAAUUGCCUCUGCCCCACCCAGGUUCCAAGACUUCAGCCAUGCUUGCAGACAACUGGCUCCAGAACAAAAUGGAUAUGCGCUGCUUACAUUUCCACCAAAGUGCAAUCAGAUUGUAUUGUUAUACAGUCAAUGUCUAUGAUCUCAUGGUUGGCCAAAAUUUCUUCCAUUUUAAAAUAUAAUGUAAUAACUGCAUUACAUUUAAUAAACAUUCCCGUGCCAGACUAAUUAGCUUAAAAAAAUAUAUAAAAUUGUCCCCUAUAAAUGGCAGCUAAAGGCAGAUUUAUGGAAAUGUGAGAUUAGAGCUUGCCACAGAAAAAUUCACCCACUUUCUUUUCAUUCUUAUGGGAUUUUUAAAAGUGUAUUUAUCAAAUGGUGAAUUCUAACUUUCACCCACUGAUGCUAUUAAAAUGUCCCAUAGGAAUGAAUAGCAAGUGGGUGAAUUUUUCUCUGGUGAGCUAUAAGCUUACAUUUCCAUAAAACUGUCCUCUCCCCUAACUUGCCCAUUAUUAUAUUAUGUUCUACUACUGGUUACCUCCCUUUUCUGUUUUAUUUUAUAUCACCCAAAUGUUUUAAAUAUAUUUACUGUGGCACAACUAGAUAACGGUAUCAUUGUCUUUAUGGAUUCAGAGAAAAAUGUGUCCCCUUUGUCAAACCUCAGAUAAAUGUAACUGACAUACAUGUCAUUUUGUGCUCAUUGCAACCGUUCAGGUGGAUUACAUUAUUUUCCUACCUAAAACAUGUGGGCUACAGUUGAAAGCUCUUUGGGCUGCUUUUCUUUAUCAUGGCCAAGAAGAGAAGAUGUAGAGGAAGAAGACUUUUUAGCUGUAUUCCCACCUGGCUAGAAGCUGUGGACAGGUUGGUAGGGGAAACAACUGGGGAUCAAGUGGAUGCAGGACAAAGCUUAUUAAGACAGGAGACAAUGUGGCACAUAAGGCUACAGAGAGACCCAUUGAUUUGAGUUUGAUAGUACAUAUUUGGUAACUGGGUAGAAGCCAAAGGGCAUGUUAGCCAGCAGAGUAUAGGGCACUAUGAACUGCCUAAUCAGGUCAGGAGCCCCGACUGAGUGUGGCAGGUCUAAAUUAUGUUUAAAAUCAUUUUUGUAAAAUGUAUUAACAUGUUCAUGUGCCAUUAUGAAAUUGUGUUCAAAUGUUGCAUAAAUUAUAUUUUGGAAAUAUAAAUGGAUCUAGCUGCAUGCCUACAGUGACCUGUUGGCGUCAUCUAAGGAAAGUACCAUUAGAGUUACUAUUCCCUACACUCCAGCCGUGCAUGUUUUUCAAGUAACAUCCCUGGCAUAAGUGGUGGCUCUUACAGACCACCUAGUCUGCCUACUGGCACAUUGGCUCUGCUGUAUGAAAAUCCACAAAUACUUUGGUGAAGAGAGCUGAAAGCUUUUUUAGAUAACCUAUGAACUCAAUAUACACUUGGUUUCUAUUUGUCCAUAUUGAAUACUAUGUGCUAUGUAAUGUUAUUUUAUGUAAUGUUAAGUGUGAUACAUUCUCUAUGUGAGGCUGCCAUGCAAGGAAAGCAUCAUAUUGGUAAUAGCUAGUGGCCAAGGCACAAACAUCACACUUAAGCCACACUACUAAAUGUAUAGGUACAGCUCUCUGCAUAACCACAGCACACUACCCUAUUGCAAGGAUGGGUUCAGAACCUACAUGCCCUUUACUACCAAAUCACUGUAAUGUUUCUAUAUAUUUUGCCCCUUACUGAAUUGAUGAGUUUAAAAUGCACCUUCUUGCUUACACACUAUAAAUGUAUUAAAAAAAAAUUCCAGUGAAAUGUAAGAAUGAGAUUUAAUAAUGACAAUGUCAUAUCCAAAUGCCAGUGUACAAAUAAAAACAUAUGUCUUUAGA